CCCAGUCGUACUUCAGGCUUUUAUGAUGUAAUACAUGUUGUCAUGCUCUAACCGGAAGUGCUGGAUGAAUAGCUGAAUUGACACAGCAGUGAAGUCUCCGACCAUCAGGUCUCCGUGUGUGCUGUUAUAGAGGACAGUCAUGUCCUCAGACCUGCUGGUGGAUCUGCACGACGAGCUGGGAGGAGACGAUUCUCCCAGUGCGGCUCUGGACCAGCUCAAACUGGUGCCAGAAAAGCAGUGGCCGCAGGAUGACCCCGUCAGCGUCAGCAAGUCCACUACAGAUAUUAAGAGUCUCAGUGAAGGCUCUCACCUGGCAUGGGACGAUCCCUUUUAUGAUAUUGCAAGGCAUCAAAUAGUGGAAGUAGCAGGUGACGAUAACUUUGGCCGUAAAGUGAUAGUGUUCAACGCGUGCCGCAUGCCACCCCAACAUCAGCUGAACCACCACAUGUUACUGAUGUACCUGAAGCAGACACUGGAUAAGUACGUGGAGAGCGAUUACACACUGAUCUACUUCCACCAUGGCAUGACCAGCGAGAACAAGUUGUCCCUCAGCUGGCUGCGAGACGCCUACCGCGAGUUCGAAAGAAAGUAUAAGAAGAACAUAAAGGCAUUUUACAUUGUCCAUCCCACUCUGUUUAUCAGAACCGUCCUCAUCUUCUUCAAACCUCUGAUCAGCUUCAAAUUUGGCCGUAAGGUCCACUAUGUGAACUACCUAAGUGAACUGGAGGAGAUAGUGAAGUGUGAUCAGCUGGUUAUUCCCAGUCGAGUCAGAGAGUACGACAAUAAAAUCCGUAUGAACCUGAAGCCGUCUGUGGUACCUGGCCCGAUUUCUCCCGCUCACAGCCCUCCUCUCCCCUUCCAGCAGUUUGGGGUCCAGCUCUCAACGUUGAGAGACAGAGGUGAGGACGCUGAUGGAAUUCCACUGGUGAUGCGAGAUACCAUCACUUUCCUGCAGGAAAAGGGUCUGCAGACAGAGGGAAUAUUCCGGCGCUCUGCUAAUGUGAAUCUAGUAAAGGACAUCCAACUGAAAUACAACUCAGGUGAGCAGGUGAAUUUCUUUGAGCUGGACGAUGUACACUUAGCCGCGGUGAUCCUGAAGACGUUCCUCAGAGAGCUGCCGGAACCACUGCUCACGUACAGUCUCUACAACGAUGUCGUCAACUUUCAGCGUGUGGACAGUGCGUCUCAAGCUGCUACAGUCCGAAACAUGCUGACGUCACUUCCUGAGGUGAACUACGUGUCCUUGCGCUUCCUUGUCUGGUUUCUCGCUCAGGUGUCGGCCGAAAGCGAGGUGAACAAGAUGAGCAACACAAACCUGGCCGUGGUGUUCGGCCCCAACCUGCUGUGGGGACAGGACGCCGCCAUGACUCUCAGCUCCAUCGGACCGAUCAACAACUUCACCCGCGUCCUGCUCGACCUGCACCAGGACAUCUUCAGCCAGUGAUCACCAGUGGUCCUGCCACACACUUGUGCUUUUCUCAUUUGUGUUGCCAAAUUCAUGAGUGUUGUAAAUGAAUGAAAGAGGCAGGUACAGAAUUUGAAACGACUGAUGGUGAGUUUUUUUUUCCAGGAUAUUUUUUAUUUUAUUAUUAUUAUUUUUUUAUUUUGGGCAUGACAAAAUUCAGACAAUCAGUACUUUGUCUUUUCUGCUUAACCUGCUGGGAUCAUGUAGCUAUUAUCACUAUCACAGUACUGGUUUCUGCUCUCAGACCAAAACCAGUCCCAUACGCAUCCACGGAUAUACAGAAUUCUCCAAAAGUCCGAAUCCACCAGCAAGAAAUUUCUCCACUGAGUCAAUAAGAGUUAGUAAAUGUUAGUUGUUAAGAGAAGACACUAUAAUCUACCUUCCAAGUAAAUGGUGUCUCAUAUUGUAUAUUUUCGAGUUUUAAAUGUCAUGGGUGGACUUUUGGACCCUAAUAUGAAGUAAAGAUCAGAUUAUUAGGGAAUAAAAUUCCAGCUCCUUAUGAUUAGAUAUGUAAUAUAUACAUCCUCAUGGUUUACAUUUUAGGGUUUUGUUUUUAAGCUUCAGGGGAUUAUUUAGAUCAUUUUGACCUUUUUGUAUAGAUAUUACUUGAGGGUCAUUGACAGUAUAAGCUUAUCUAUCCAAAUCCUUUCCUGUGUCAGCCAUAGUCACAGCUAUGGGACAGUAUAAAGCACUAAUACUCCAACUUGAAACACUUGUUUUGGUUUUAUAACUUUAGAGGUUCUCAGUUAAUCUUAUUAUUUUUAUUACGUUUCUUAUUUGUAAAAUCUUUUCUACUAUACCGGUGUCAUCGUAUGCUUUUUUUCUAUAACGGUCUGAUGGUUUUUUUUUUUUUUUAAACGUCUGUAAUAAUUACACCGAACUCCUGCUUACUAUGUUUGAUGUACAUUUGCUGUACAGGAUGAUUUAGUAUCAUGGAGAGAUCAGCAGAUUUCAGUCUUGAGCUGAACUUGUGUGCUGAUUUGGAUUCAGUAUCUGGGUUUUGUAUCGAGUUGACAACAAUCAUAAGGACAAGCAGAACUGACGGUAGACGAGUCAGGACACGUGGAAGCCGAGGGUCCUGUGCUCAGUCCAUGUCGUUUCCUGGAGGCUCAGAUUAGUUAUUAUUAUUAUUAUUAUUAUUAUUAUUAUUAUUAUUAUUAUUAUUUAUAAUAAUAUAUUAUUAGUUAUAGAUAUUAUUAUUAUUAUUAGCUUAGAUGUGUUACUGAAGCGAUGACUCCAGUUACAAAACCUCACGUCUGAACCGACUUCAACUUUCUCUUACAAAAAACCUGUGAUCAUUUAUGUUUCUAUAGCAACAAAAAAAGAAAGUAACUGGUUUUACUUCAGUGAUGCUGUUCAGUUUUGACCCUUAACCAGGCUUCUUUUACCCCUAAAAUUGCUUUCCGUCCGUCCUUUGAAACAGAUUUCUGUUUGUAAUAAUAUCGUUAGCUGGCUGUGUUUUUUCAGUGUUCUAUAAAAGACAACAAUGCUGAAACACCUGGGACUCAAUCUGAAAUAUUCUUCUUAAGAUUUCUUCCUGCUCUGAACAAAUGACAGAUUAUCUCUUCCCUGUUCCCCUGAACAUAGCACCACAUCUGCAUGCUGGACACAGGGUGCUUGUUACUUCAAGGAAAUGUAUUUCCUCUGAUAAAUAGUGUUGAUUUUCUCCAUAAGGUUUGACAUCCAGUCCAUAUGAGUUUUGCAGCCUAGUGGAAAAUAUCCGACACGAUAAAGCAGCACGCAGCCAUGUAAACAAGGACGAACAGGGUUGUACUGGACCUCGGCGCAGUGUCAUAUGCCUCUGUAUUAAAAUGUCAUUGUUUACUGUGCAUGUGCAACAAACCGACCUCCAGUUUGUGUCCCUACAUUUUGGCUAAACAGCAGUUAAAUGGUUUAGUGAAGCUCCCCUAAGCCCACGUGUUUGUGUGCCUUAUUAAAGGUUCCCCACUAGAUGACGAUGUUCUAGAUUCUAGCCGUUUGAGCCUCCUUCCUCUGCUCGGAUCUGUGACCUCUGUGCCUUUUUUGUUGUAAAUCUCAGCCCAGUGCCAUCCAGAUCACCCGUGCUGUGCAUUUCUGUAUUUCUACGUUUUCUAGAUGGAACGCUGCUUUCUUCCGUUUCGGCGCCCGUCUUCACUGUUGUGUAAUUCUUGUCAGAUCUGUACUUUUGUAAAUGUGGUAAAUGAUAUACGAGUAAUAAAAUGUAUACAGUGGUA